UUAUAUGGGGAGUGGAGUUGGGCAAGCUGCUAGAAAAAAAAAAAAAUCAAACCAGUUCCUGGGCAUGAAGCAAUGCGCGUGUAUCAAGUAAAUUAACACGGUAGGAAUAAUUUGUUUUGUGAAUGCAAACUAUUUAAAUUGCCGAACUGUUUGCCAUUUCCAAGUGAAGAGGUCCUCCGCAAACUCGAGUCCAAUGGAUCCGCGGAGCGCUUGGGUCCAGCCGGAGCAGAAGGGACCUGCCAAUUCCCUGUGGAUGUACAUUUGGGAAACCUCUCAGCUAUUUCGCGCCGACAACCAGCUUCACCGGCAGCGCAGCUCCGCGGCGCAGCAUGCGAACUCCGCGGACGCGAACGGCGAGUACGGCAGGAGUCCCGGGCACGUUAUGUUCGGGAAACCGCCGAAGCGAGACGGCGGCGGCGGCGAGCGGGGCAGCGUCCGGAGGAAAGGCUCGCUGUCGCCGUCCUCCUCCUCGCUGGACUCGGAGGCCGAGAGCUCGUCGCCCUCCGGCUCGUCCCUGCAGAUAGACCGUUUGAACGCGGCGGAGGAGGCCGGUCGCUUCCUCCACUACGGCGAGCACCACCUGAGACCGCGGCAGCAGCUGCAGCCCUCUACGUGCCCGCACGCCGCUCAGCAGCACUGUCGCAGCGUGCAGCAGCCCGGCAGCCACACCCCCACGGGCACCAAGAGCCCGCGUGGGAGCAAGCAGCACCACUGUAGCGCCCAUCCGUCCGGCCGCAGGAGGCUCCUGAACCGGGCCAACACUUUCCACGGCGUCAACCCGUUCCUGUUCUCCGGAUCCAACGGCCACUUGAUCCAGUCCCCAUGCAGCCUGUGGAAAAGCAGGCGCUACAGCCCCGGCAUUAAUGGCCUACAUGAGGAGAUCGUAGACUUUUUUAACUUCAUGUCACCCCGACCGUCGGAGGAAGCCAUGCGGAGAGACGUCAUGAACCGAAUAGAGGGCGUCAUCAAGGCCUUGUGGCCCACAGCACGGGUGGAAAUAUUUGGCAGCUUCAGCACAGGACUGUAUCUUCCAACAAGUGAUAUAGACUUGGUGGUGUUUGGAAACUGGGACCAUCCUCCACUUCAGGAACUGGAACAAGCCCUGAAGAAACACUGCGUUGCUGACCCAAAUACCAUCAAGGUUCUUGACAAAGCUACAGUGCCCAUCAUUAAGCUUACAGACCGUGAAACACAGGUAAAGGUGGACAUAAGCUUCAAUGUAGAGACAGCUGUGAAAGCAGCUCAGUUCAUCAAAAGCUACCUUAAGAAAUACACAGUUCUGCCGCCGCUAAUCUUUGUCCUGAAGCAGUUCCUACUGCAGAGGGAUCUGAAUGAAGUCUUCACUGGUGGCAUCAGCUCUUACAGCCUUAUUCUGAUGGUCAUCAGUUUCCUACAGUUACACCCUCGCAUCGACACGCGACGCACCAACAUCAACCUGGGAAUGCUUCUCAUAGAGUUCUUCGAGCUGUAUGGCCGAGAUUUCAACUACAUGAAAACCGGCAUUCAGGUGAAGAAUGGCGGUGCCUACCUGCCCAAAGAGGAAAUGGUGAAGUCACUGGGGAACGGGAACAGGCCGUCCAUGCUCUGCAUCGAAGAUCCUGUACAGCCAGGGAAUGACGUAGGCAGGAGUUCUUAUGGAGUUCUGCAGGUCAAGCAGGUGUUUGACUUUGCCUACAUGGUGCUAAGUCAUGGUGUGUCUCCUCUUGCCCGCGCUUAUCCCAACAAAGAGUAUGACAGUACCUUAGGCCGUAUCAUCAAAGUCAGCCCAGAGGUGUUGGCCUACAGGGAAUGGACAAUUAAGCAGUGGGGAGCAAAGCAUCCUGUCAGACUGGAAAACCAUGAUGUAGAGAGCUGUGAGCAGGACCUAGCCCGACUGGAGCUGGUUUCCAUGGAGGAUCAGAGAGACAGUUCCUCUCCCCUCAGUGUGGACUCCCCCUCACCGUCGCCAGUUUUCUAUCCCAGCCCUCAACACCAUUCAUCAUCAUCAGCGUGCUCGCUCUCCUCCUCUUCUGGGAGUGACAUAGAGUUUGAUUCUUCUCCAAGCAGUACGGCUGCUGUUCAACUCCGCCCCCUCACGCUGGCCUCUGUUCAUCCAGUUAUCCAGCUGGCGGCUGACUUGAGGGCCACACAUCAAGCGGGCUUCAUCCACACCCCACCUCCUCAGGUCCAGGUGUCGCUUCCAGAUAACCUCCCUGAUCACCACUUCUACCAUGGGACCGCACCUUACAUCAGUGUUGUGCACAAUCGCACAUCCCAAGCGGCACCGCUCUCCCAGCACACUAACUCUUCCAGCCCUCUACCCAGCCCCCUUCAUCAACUCCACCACCCUCAGGUAGGAGGGCAGCAGAGCCACACUUACACUAUUACAUCCAACUCCCAUGGCGCCACAGAGCCGCACAAAUUUAGCUUCAAGCACAACCAAGGUGGCAGCUUCCGAGGUCAAAACCAUUCUCAAGAUAACUUCAGUCCCCAGCGGCGGUUUGUUCCCCAUGGUCACAACACUGCACCAGGCUUCAGGAACCACCAGCAGCAGCAGUACAACAAGAACACCUGGCGCCGCAGAAAGAGGGACAAUGCGCCACCUCUCAACCCAAGCAGGUGAAAUGUCGAAGCCGGAGAGUUUGACUCAUUACUAUUAGCCUAUUGACGACUGUUUUGAGGCGGUCAAGAACACACCUAUGCUGUGCUGCAGGCCCUAGCUCAAUUAAAGUUGUCUUUCAAUGUGUCUGAUGAUCUCUGCUCACAGUGAGCGAGCAUCUCCAAUGGCCUGGUAUCACCUUGUCACAUGGCUCCGGUGGUAGUCGGAGUCUUUCCUUUUUUUUAAAUGUGACGUACACGAGAACGAGCCUCGUGUUGAAUGAGGUACUAGUGAUUCGCGUCCUAGCAGCUAAAAGCUGUCAUCAGAGAGUUUCCAUGCAGCUCGAACAUCAUGUGCCAUAGUACUAAAGUUGGUUUUUAACCCUGGCCUGUCUUAAAGCGUGGACUCUCAUUGGGUCUUUUUGAUCAGGUUUUGUCCUCGGUUGUUCCCUGAAUGCAACUCCCUACGCGCACCAUUCUCGAUUCAGAGCUUUUACCGCUUUGACUGUCACCUACCAGUUGUGCUGGACUGAAAUGAAGCACUACCUUUCUACCUAUGCAGCGCUAAGCUGACAUGGUGUUUCUGGUGUGACUGCACAAAAUGGACCUUGUCUCAAGUGCUUGAACUGUGAUGACUAGUUUGAAUGUACUUUGUGUUUUGUCUGUUGGUCAUUUAUAGUGUUUUUGUCACAGAGGGGUUUGUUUUAAAAUUUUUCUUCACAUUCGCACUAUUUUUUUAAUUUUUUUUGUACUGUAAACAUUGUCACCUUAUUUUACGUUUGUUGCAUUUCUCUGCAAUAAUACUUGACUAGCUUUUAUUUAAUUUAUUUCACCUUUCUAGUUUUAUUUCAGGGGUUCUACCCACUAUAUUCUUUGAUUACUUGGACUCUGUUGAUCUGUGCAGUAGACAUAUUUAGGGGCCUUUAAAGGAACGUGUUUGUGUGUGUACAGCUUUCUAGCAGAAGAGGGUGCUGUGAUAUCGCAGUGUCAGAAAUGUGCCAAAAAUUCCAUGAUGUUUAAUUUCCCAUCAUAUUUUGCCAACUGCCUGUCCUGCAUUUUCUACCACUAGUUCUCAUCGAAGCUUGUUUGUUUAUUUGUGUGUUUGUUUGUUUUUUUAUAUUGUUUAGACUUUUAUGUGGGUGUGUUUUCUCUUGACAGACUUGGGGAAAUGCACAUUUAGCAGUUACUUGUCAUUUUAGCAAUAGGUGCUACUUAUUACCAGCAAACUGCUUGUUUUCUGCCUUAUCUCAUUUUGGUUUACUGCCGCCUAAAUGACAGAAGUCCUCUACUCCUAUACAGCCAGAGCUUUCUGCAUUGGUUCUCUAAGCACUGCCAGAAUCACUUGACUUUGAGUUUUAAAUUUUUGCUUUGAGUGAUAGAUUCAGGACAAUCUUAAAGCAGUUGAUUGUUGAAUUGAUCACUUUUUUUAAUUUUUCGUACAUAUUUAAGGUCAGGUGUUUUUUUUUUUUUUUUUGUGUUUUUUUUUGUUUUUUGUUUUUUUUAAAUAAGGUUUAGCAAAUUGCAAUUUGGGCUUGGUUUUUGUAGCGCUGCUGAGAAAACCUACAUUGGUGAGGAUGUGUCUUUUACCUCUUUUACAGAGUGACUACAUUUGCCACGUUGCCAUUACGACCCCUGUUUAAAGUAGCGUUUCACCAAGCCUGUCUAUGGGAUGAUUGUAGGUUGUUGCAUUUCUUUUUCCCCAACCAAUGCCCCAGCUCGUGUGUCUUUAACGGUGGGUUGUAAUGUGUAAAUAUAUAGAUAUAUACCUUGGUUUUUUUAUGUGAGUUUUCUAUUUUUUUUUAAAUAAACAUUUUAAAAAUUCCA